GUGCUUCUGAAGGGGAAGUUGCGUUGAUAGCUUCAAAUAGAACUCAAACUACUCCAGUCAAAGUAACAUCUCCACCGCGUAAUCCUGCACGAAAUGCAACUGUUACACAUACACGAAAGAUUACAUACACGACCUGGACAAAAGUCUCGGACACUCGUUCCAGUGGAAAGUGUUGA